UAAAAAGUUUACUUAUUUGCGAAAAAGCCCUUGUAUCUUAUCCCCGUCUCCUCCUCUCUCUCGAGUCUCCACGCCGGCGGCGGCUUCUCCGGUCGAAGGAUUGCUCCGAUGGCUUCGCCGUCGGCGCCACCCUCUCUGCUCUUCCGCCUCCGCCCGACGCCUCGCGGCGGCGGGGGGAUGUGGCCGCUCCGCGUCGUAUCCAAGCGGAGGAGGCUGCGCCAGCUUCUCUCGCCAAGAACCGGUCGCCGUCGGGUGGGAGAGGCAGCGGUGGAGCAGCUGGUGCUACGGUUGCCGGAGACUGGCCGGAGAAGGGGCGAUGGAGGCUUCGCCUGCUCUUGCUCCUUCGAUGACAGCAACGAGUCGCCCCAGCUUCCUCCUGACAAUAAGGAAAUUUUGGACGAUUGGUCCGUGCUUCGCCGGUGGGAUGUGCCAUGGGAAUGGCCAACCAUUUCACUCACCAUGGUGGCCUGUGCAGUAAGCUUUCUUCUGACAGGAAUGGUUGAGCAGGCUGUUCUGGAGUAUAUAGGUUUUGAAGCUGGGGAGGCAACUAUAGAUGAGAAGGCGGAAGUACUCUUUCUGGGGCAAUUUAGCGUGACUGCAGCUGUGCUUGGAGUUAUAUUUGGCAUCACCAAUACCUACCGGCCGUUCUCAAAUGAUAUAUUUCGUUAUGAUUUGAAAGAGCCGUUUAAGCUUGAAAAUGGUUGGCUACUAUGGGCUGGGAUCGGUUUCUUUGCCGCAAUAAUCUCUAUUGCUUUAGCUGGAGCUGCAAUGUCCUUUCUGGGUGGUGAAACUCCAGAGCGAGAGACCGACUCGUUGGUCCUUUUAUUGCCACUAAUUGGCUCGUCUAAUAUUAGCACUGCCUGUUUACUGGGCAUCACUGGGGUUCUUGCGCCGAUUCUGGAAGAAACUGUGUUUCGAGGAUUUCUAAUGGUGUCCUUGACCAUGUGGUUUUCUACUCCAAUUUCUGUGCUUAUCACUGCUUCAGUGUUUGCCUUUGCUCAUCUUACACCAGGCGAAUUUCCACAGCUAUUUGUGCUUGGUAUUGUACUGGGAUUCUCAUAUGCUCAAACUCGCAAUCUUCUCACUCCUAUUAUUAUACAUGCUAUGUGGAACUCUGGAGUAAUAUUAUUGCUAACAGUUCUUCAGGGAUACAAUAUCAAGGAGCUGUUGUUGGCAUCUUGAAGGUUUCAGUUGGUUAUAUUAGUUUUAUAUUGUGCUGCCUUGCAUAUUAUAAAGGCACCUAAGAUGACAAAUACACUCUUAGAUGAUCCUUAUUUUUCUUUUCAGAAUGGUCUAGUAAUCUUUUUAGUCAAGCAAUUUAAGAGUUUGCUCUCCUAUGAUGUCAUCUUUAUUUUUCAGGAGGUUCCAUGCUAUUUUUUGCUCUCAAUUUAAAAGCUGGGUUGUAUGACCUUUGAUCUAAAAAAAUGUGACGGCGUAUUUCAAGGCAACGCAAAACAGAAACUCUGAGUACUUGCUCUGUGGUCAACAUAUGCACUUUGUGGAGUCCAUCUAGAUUAUAGUUUUCUAGUAAUCAUUUAUUUAUAUUUUUUAACCUAAGUGUAGUAGGCUAGUAGCUUCACAUCUCAUGAAUGGUUUAGUUUACAAACAUGUCAAUUGUAAACAGAGGGGGAUCAUUUUCCUUACGAAGGUUAAAACUUUAUAGGAAACCUCAGCAACCAAUUACCAGUAACUCAGUUAAUAGUAAAUGGUGUACUGCCUCUGUUGAUUUAUAUAGGGCAUAUUUAUUUUGGAA